CUAGCGCAGUGCUUUCGACUGUUGGAACACCCAAUCUCUCACAGGGCAAACGCAGUCGCUUCCAGGUGUCGAGUGUCGAUGAGAUAUCAGCAGGCAUGAAUAAUCUAUAAGAAUUGGCCAUUAAAUCUCUCAAAAAAAUUCUCCAGAAGUGCUCAUCAUGUUAAGCAUUCGUCCUGUUCUCGCUUUUGUGCAAUUAGGUGUGGAUGCAAGUGGAUCGAUCAACUCAACACCCGACACGUCGCCUUCAGGAUCUCUAUUGGCAGGACAUAGCGAUCUUAUCGAUGCACAGGGCGGCAAUCCGGUCUAUGCGCACCUGGAGACCCUCUAUCGCCAGAACGAACAGCAGCGAGCCAUUCUCGUAGAGCUAUUUGCAGGAUUUGGAAUGAAACCCAGCCAACCUGCCAGCAUGCCGUCUUCGGGUGACAAGAGCCAGCCUGUUCUUUCUGAGAGCUCAAGUGCCGGAGCAGCCGUGACGACAACUGGAGGAUCAGUUCACCGUCAAGAUACUGCGUAUGGUAUGGAGAAGCAGCUUCAACUGACUGUCCGUGAGAAUGAGAGUCUGCGCAGAGAAAACGAGGCCCUGAAACGAGAACUUGAUCGUCUGCGUCGAGGAGGUCUUUGAGGCAUCUGGGGCAUUUUUUAGAGUUGACCAUUUGCCAACGAAUCAAUAAAUAAAAAAAACACUGCAGCAGGAUUGCAGAUGUUUAAAGACUAGCA